UAGAGUAUGUCACGUUUAACUUGUUCUAGGGAACGUUUGUGAUCACAUGCUUUUGUCAGUUAAAUAAUUAUUUACAAAAAAAAGCGCUUUUAAUGUGACCAAUGAAAUGAGCGAUUUAUUUCUCAUCAGAUUAGCUCAGAAUAUUUGCAAGAGAGUGCCAAAUCGGAAUAAGACAGAAUCCGGAUCCGCCUGUGUUUCAAUAUUCAGAAACCUGUCCUCAACGAACACAUGUAAUAUGCCCCCAAAGAAACACAAGAAAGGCGAAAAGGGAACGUCAUCUGCUGUCGCUGGUGCGGCAACACCAGGAGGAGAUAACUCAGGAGCUGUUGUCACCAAUCCUAAUUCUACCGUCACAAUUAAAAUAUUGGCAAAACCAGGAGCCAAAUUUAACGCAAUCACAGGUGUUGGAGAGGAAGGAGUAGGGGUACAAAUAUCAGCGCCACCUGUCGACGGAGAAGCGAACAUAGCAUUAGUGAAAUACCUGUCCAAGGUGCUAGGUGUCAGGAAAUCAGACGUUUCUUUGGAUAAGGGCUCCAGAUCCAGACAGAAGAUGAUCCUGGUCAGUGGGAUGGACAGGCAGUCGGUACUGGAAAAACUAUACUCCCAAGUGGACGUUGGAUGACGCAGUUAUCCUUGUGGAGAGAUAAUGUGUAUUCAUACAUGAUGCCUGUGUACUACAAAUCAGUGUCCCGUGACAGCAAUUGUCUGCGAUUUUGUGGCUCCAAUUUUUAAAACAUUUGUCAUCUCAAGGUGCUACAUCAGUUUUACACCAUUGUGUUAAUCUCAUAUAUAGAAGUGUUUGGCGGUUGUUAAUCGCUAAAAGACUCUAAAGACUACAGAGAGAACUCAAAGUCUGGGAUUCGUUUUGUGUCGAUCUAGUAAUUCCCAGGUUGGACUCCGAUUGUUCCCGUUCCGAUCUAGUAAUUCCCAGGUUGGACUCCGAUUGUUCCCGUUCCGAUCUAGUAAUUCUCAGUUUGGACUCCGAUUGUUCCCGUUCCGAUCUAGUAAUUCUCAGUCUGGACUCCGAUUGUUCCCGUUCCGAUCUAGUAAUUCUCAGUUUGGACUCCGAUUGUUCCCGUUCCGAUCUAGUAAUUCUCAGUUUGGACUCCGAUUGUUCCCGUUCCGAUCUAGUAAUUCCCAGGUUGGACUCCGAUUGUUCCCGUUCCGAUCUAGUAAUUCUCAGUUUGGACUCCGAUUGUUCCCGUUCCGAUCUAGUAAUUCUCAGUUUGGACUCCGAUUGUUCCCGUUCCGAUCUAGUAAUUCUCAGUUUGGACUCCGAUUGUUCCCGUUCCGAUCUAGUAAUUCUCAGUUUGGACUCCGAUUGUUCCCGUUCCGAUCUAGUAAUUCCCAGGUUGGACUCCGAUUGUUCCCGUUCCGAUCUAGUAAUUCUCAGUUUGGACUCCGAUUGUUCCCGUUCCGAUCUAGUAAUUCUCAGGUUGGACUCCGAUUGUUCCCGUUCCGAUCUAGUAAUUCUCAGUCUGGACUCCGAUUGUUCCCGUUCCGAUCUAGUAAUUCUCAGUUUGGACUCCGAUUGUUCCCGUUCCGAUCUAGUAAUUCUCAGUUUGGACUCCGAUUGUUCCCGUUCCGAUCUAGUAAUUCCCAGGUUGGACUCCGAUUGUUCCCGUUCCGAUCUAGUAAUUCUCAGUUUGGACUCCGAUUGUUCCCGUUCCGAUCUAGUAAUUCUCAGGUUGGACUCCGAUUGUUCCCGUUCCGAUCUAGUAAUUCUCAGUCUGGACUCCGAUUGUUCCCGUUCCGAUCUAGUAAUUCUCAGUCUGGACUCCGAUUGUUCCCGUUCCGAUCUAGUAAUUCUCAGGUUGGACUCCGAUUGUUCCCGUUCCGAUCUAGUAAUUCUCAGUUUGGACUCCGAUUGUUCCCGUUCCGAUCUAGUAAUUCUCAGGUUGGACUCCGAUUGUUCCCGUUCCGAUCUAGUAAUUCUCAGGUUGGACUCCGAUUGUUCCCGUUCCGAUCUAGUAAUUCUCAGGUUGGACCCCGAUUGUUCCCGUUCCAGUGUAGUAAUUCGCAGUCUGGUCUACGGUUAUUCCCGUUCUAGUGAAGUAAUUCCCAGCCCGAGAAAUAUAUUUACAAUAGCAUAUUGCCAUUGGGCUUGGAAACCCUGGAAUUACUGAUCUAACAGAAGUUAACAUCUUUCCCAUAAGGAAAGUGUGUACCCUGACAUAGCAAUCUUUAGAAGAACAUUCUACCUAGCCCAUUCAUUAGUUUAAGAAAAUCUAUACAAUUAGCUUAUAAUCAGUAUGCAGGCUCCCGCUAAACUACAUAAUAUCUGUACCAUUGAUGACAUUCGGAAAAAUUAUGCACCUUAAAAUUGUGAAAUCCAAUCACUAACAUUGUUAGAUCCUAAUCAUUUGUCCCUGCCUGAAGGAGUGUUUUUAUAAAACAAUCUACACAUUGGAUACUCUACUUUUAAGGUUCAACAUAAAUUUUAUUCGUAAAAGCAUAUUACAUGUGUCACGAGACAUAAAUUGUCCCUCGCACAAGAGGACACCCAUUCGCCAUAAUAUCAGAUACAUGUUGACUGUGAAAGGUAUGUCUGUCCUUUGGGAUGCUCCGUCACGAUCGCCAGUGCAUCUUGACCGGCUUUUAACGUGAAAAUGUUGGUUUCCUUGACAUAUUGACCUUGUAUCGUUUAUUACUCUCGAUUGCAGUUAAAUGUGCUUAUUUUUUCAUUUGAUAAUGUGCUUGCAGUUACAUCAGGAUCAGAUAAACGUCGUAAAAUAACAAGUUAAUGUAUGGUAACGUGCAGCACUACCAAUGUAAAGGCGGCAUUUGGUGAGGGGGUAGCCCUUAGUAGAAACUUUGAAAAAGCCAAUCGCUUAUUACCACUGCAAUGACAUCAUUGGGAGUCACACUUAUUCAGCCAAUUAGUGGGCGAAUUAUUUAUAGAUAAAAUAAAAUAUUUGUUUGUCAAAUAAAUCCGCUAGAGAAAAUGUUUUUAACAUUUAACAAACACAAAUAAUAAAGUGUAAAAUCUCUUACAAUAUGUGGUUAGCAAUUUGACUUAUACAUUGUACACUGUCUAAUUUAGAGGCAAUGGGUUUAACUGUUAUGUACAAGUCAGGUACAUGUAUUACUUCAUAUACAACAAUAUCCAAUAUGUUUCGUAAAAGAAUGUACGUGCUGUAUUAGCAAAUUGACUUAUAUAUUGUGCACUGGCUAAUAAAGUGGCUGUGGAUUU